GGAUCAAUUAACAUGCUUAAUUUCUUGAGGCUUCCUUAUCUGGCUUCUUCGAAAUUCACUAAUAAGUAAGUACGACUGUAAUAAUUCUCAACUACCUACCUACUACUUAGUUAUAUCAAGAAUUAAAUCCGAUCUGUUCCUGUACUUCAUACCUCCUCAUCUCUCCACCUCAACUUUUUCACAAAACAAACAUGGCAGACCAACUUCAGGAGUUUAUGGAUGUCCCAAAAGACUUUAUCAAAGAUGGUACUCAAUUCAUCAAUAAAUGCACAAAGCGUAAGAAUCCUCAUUUGCCGUUCUUAAUAGCACCUCCAUAUUAACACAUUAUAGCUGAUCGUCGCGAGUUCAUCAACAUCGCCCGAGCUGUCGCUAUGGGAUUUGUCAUCAUGGGCGCCGUCGGAUAUAUCGUGAAAUUGAUCCAUAUACCACUCAACAACAUAUUGGUCGGUGGCGCGUAGUUGGGCGAUGGACGAUGGACAAUGGAUAAUGGUUCCUCAGCCCCGGUGACGUGGCUAGUCAUUGGAAAUGAGGCAUGGCAUUGAAUCGAGCGAAGGCGAGCUGAAGCAGCAUGGGCAGGAUUGGCAAGAGGGGAAGAUGGGGAAGAUGGGGAAGAUGCUGGCGUACAAUGGAUGGAGUUUCACGA